CAGGAUGGCUAUGGCUCCUAUCCGGGCAGCCCCAAGUCCCCCACGCGUCCACAGAGUGUGCGACGGCGACAGAGUAUCCAGCAGAUCAGAGACCUCGAGACCAGGCUAGAUCAGCUUGCCAAUGAGAACCGGACUCUGGCCGAGGCCAAAAUGAUGGCAGAACAGCACCUCGAGCAUGCCAACUUCGAACGAAACCGGGCCGAGAACUCAGCCCGAGCCUCGCGAAACAUCAGCGCCCAGUUGCAAGAGCGGGAUGCAGAGAUUGCGAGGCUGAGGGAGGAAAUCGCAUCCUUGACGGCGACCCACGAGACCUUGAGGAGAGAGCACGAGCAAAGCCUGUUGGACUUGCAGCAACAUGAAGACGCACAAGGACAAUGGCAAGAUUCCUCACGAGAGCUUGAGGUGCUCAGAUCACGUCACGCUGAGCUGUCAAGCGGGAUGGAGUCGAUCGUGAGACACGAGAUCGACACCGCGCUAGCGGAGAAGAAUGCAGAGGUUGAAAGACUUCGUGAGGAUCUCGAGGACGCACGAGAGAAGAUCCGGCAGCUUCAGUCUGAGAUGUUAAAGCAAGGUGCAGAUGACGUGGUUGUCUUCCAUGACGAGGACUACUUUGAUGCGGCCUGCCAGAAAUUGUGUCAACUAGUGCAAGGAUGGGUCUUGCGAUUCUCGAAAUACAACGACCUAAAGAUGUGUCGCACUACAAAUGAGGUCAGAGAUGAGAAGAUUGUCGACCGGUUUGACAAUGCCAUUCUGGAUGGGUCGGAUGUUGACGUAUAUCUCGCGGACCGCGUCAAGCGACGGGACGUGUUCAUGUCCGUCGUGAUGACUAUGAUAUGGGAAUAUGUCUUCACGAGGUAUCUCUUCGGCAUGGAUCGCGAACAACGACAAAAGCUGAAGCAGCUGGAAAAAAAUCUGGGAGAGGUUGGCUCGGCCAGUGCGGUGCACCAGUGGCGAGCCCUUACACUCAUCCUUCUGUCCAAACGGGAGAGCUUCAAGGCGCAGCGAGAGAGUGACACCGAGGCAGUGGCUUUGGAGAUAUUCAACACACUGUCCAGAUUUCUUCCUCCACCACAAAACCUCGAACAGCAAAUCGUUGGGACUUUGCGCAAUGUCAUGGACACGGCGGUGGAUCUUUCAAUCGAAAUGCGGACCCAGAGGGCUGAGUACAUCAUGCUACCGCCACUGCAACCAGAAUACGACACCAAAGGUGAUCUCGCACGGAAGGUCUAUUUCAAUGCGAGCUUGAUGAACGAGAGGAGUGGUGAGACGACCAGCAAUGAGGAGCUUGAACAGAACCAGGCCGUGGUUCGUAUGGUUCUCUUCCCACUCGUGGUCAAGAAAGGCGACGACAACGGUGUUGGAGAUGACGAGAUUGUGGUAUGUCCAGCUCAGGUGUUGGUUGCUCGACCAGACAAGGGCAAGAAAGCUAAAGGCUCGACGCGUGCUGCGAGCGGCGGCAGUGAUCGGAUGAACAUUGAUGCCAGGAGUCUUCGAGCUGUGAGCACUCAUAGUUUGGGUGCCAUGAGCGGAAUGGAUGUCAACGACAACAUGUUUUAG